CGCACUGUAGCAAACCGAACAGACGCCACCUUUAUCCGUGUCAUUGGCUCUGAGCUUGCCCGGAAAUAUGUAGGAGAGGGUGCCAGGAUGGUUCGGGAGCUGUUUGAGAUGGCACGUAGUAAGAAGGCGUGCAUCAUCUUUUUCGAUGAAGUUGAUGCCAUUGGUGGUGCCCGGUUUGAUGAUGGAGCAGGCCACUUCUCUCCACCAAACAUUUUGUGA